CGCCUUGCCGCUGGAGAGCCUGCCGGCGCGCAGGGCCCAUGAGCGCCCGUCGGUAGCGCGCCAGCCUGCCGUGCCCGGAGCCCGAGCGCAGCCUCGAGGUCCCACUUGAGGUGCCCCUGACCGUCCCUGUUCCCCACCCCACCCCGGAUCCCGGCAAUGCUAACCGCUGUCUGCGGCUCUCUGGGCAGCCAGCACACGGACGCGCCUCACGCCUCCCCGCCGCGCCUCGACCUGCAGCCUCUGCAAACAUACCAGGGCCACACGAGCCCGGAGGCUGGGGACUACCCCUCCCCGCUGCAGCCUGGAGAGCUGCAGAGCCUCCCGCUGGGCCCAGAGGUGGAUUUCUCACAGGGCUAUGAGCUGCCGGGGGCCUCCUCUCGGGUAACCUGCGAGGACCUGGAAAGCGACAGUCCCUUGGCCCCGGGACCCUUUUCCAAGCUCCUACAGCCGGACAUGUCACACCAUUAUGAGUCAUGGUUCCGGCCGACUCACCCAGGCACGGAGGAUGGCUCGUGGUGGGACCUUCAUCCGGGCACCAGCUGGAUGGACCUCCCCCACACUCAGGGCGCGCUGACCUCGCCUGGCCACCCCGGGGCGCUUCAGGCUGGCUUGGGGGGCUACGUCGGAGACCACCAGCUUUGUGCCCCGCCGCCCCACCCACACCCGCACCACCUCCUCCCCGCCGCCGGAGGGCAGCACCUCCUGGGGCCGCCCGACGGGGCUAAGGCCUUGGAAGCGGCCGCCCCGGAGUCCCAGGGUCUGGAUUCCAGUCUGGACGGAGCAGCCCGGCCCAAAGGCUCCCGACGGUCAGUGCCCCGCAGCUCGGGCCAGACCGUGUGCCGCUGCCCCAACUGCCUGGAGGCGGAGCGACUGGGGGCUCCGUGCGGGCCCGACGGGGGCAAGAAGAAGCAUUUGCACAAUUGCCACAUUCCAGGUUGUGGGAAAGCCUACGCCAAGACGUCGCACCUGAAGGCGCACCUGCGCUGGCACAGCGGCGACCGUCCCUUCGUGUGCAACUGGCUCUUCUGCGGCAAGCGCUUCACGCGCUCCGACGAGCUGCAGCGCCACCUCCAGACCCACACGGGCACCAAGAAGUUCCCCUGUGCGGUCUGCAGCCGCGUCUUCAUGCGCAGCGACCACCUGGCCAAACACAUGAAAACCCACGAGGGCGCCAAAGAGGAGGCUGCCGGGGCGGCCACGGGCGAGAGCAAGGCCAGCGGAGCGGUGGAGCCCCCCGGGGGCAAAGGCAAGCGGGAGGCGGAGGGCGGCGCGGCUCCCUCCAACUGAGCUGCUCUGGUACCGCCCCCCACGCUGGUCUCCCCUGGGGGCAUCAGA